GGUUGGUGGGUGCGACUACCCCAGUGUACUUCUGUCACAUCCUCCUCUCUCAGCUGUGUAUCUCAUCACAUCUCCUAAGUGUAUUGGCACAACUUCGCCUGUCUAUAUAGUGGACUGUAUUUGACUUCAUUCGGACAAAUCGCGGUUGGAACAUGCAACGUCAAAAAGUUGUUUAGAAGCCUCUUCUUUUGAGUGUUUAGCCCGAAGUGUAUUCUUACCAAAAAUCCAUAGGAACUUUUUUUUUAAUGAGUACAGCUAUCUUGCCAGGUUUAUCGCCGGGACAUGGUCUGUAGCAUGAUUAUUUUACUAUAACAAAGUCGGACCCUGGUCGGGCAACAUGAGAAACUGGCGCUUCGUUAACUUUGCUUUUCUGGUCGCUCUUCUGCACGUCUUGUGCGCGUCACCGGUUCAAGACACAGCUGGCAUCACCACUUCUAAUAUAUACAAAGGGAAUGUUCCUUCCCAAGCUGAGUGGCACGGGGCGAAGACUAAGCCACAGCACUACAGCACUUCAAUACCCAUGAUUCUACAGGGCACCAAGCAAAGACCCCUUGACCACCUCACAUCUGGGGACUACCCUGCAAGCCUUCAGCUGCUGGUACAAACGGAAGGGGAACGGCUGAUCCUGGAACUGGAGAAAAACCACGGCCUCUUUACGAAUCACUACACGGAGACGCACUAUGGAGAGGAUGGAGACGCCAUCACCAACGCACACGCGUCCACGAAAAACUGCUACUACCAUGGAGAGGUGCAGGGGCGUCUGAAAUCGGAUGUCUCCCUUAGUGCCUGCUCAGGCCUUCGGGGAUUCAUCGCCCUUGAGAACAAGACCCUUGUCAUUGAGCCCACUCCCAGGCCCCUCAGCGGUGGCUACGCAGACAACAACACCCACCUCCUCUAUCGCCUGGAGGACCUCGAUCUCACGCCCGGCACCUGCGGACAUGGGUUCAACGUGUCAUCUCCCGCACCUCAAGACGGCAUGGGAAACCCCUUUCAUUCGUUCAGCACACGGCACAAGAGACAUGCCCAGAAAACCACCAAAUACGUGGAGCUGGUCAUCGUUGCGGACAACCGAGAGUUCCAGAAACAGGGGAAGGAUGUGGAGAGAGUGAAGCAGAGACUGGCGGAGAUAGCAAAUUAUGUGGACAAGUUCUACAGGCCCCUGAACAUCCGGGUGGCCCUGGUGGGCCUGGAGGUGUGGAGCGACGCCGAUAAGUGUCCCGUGUCUCAGGAUCCCUUCUCCACGCUCCACGAGUUCCUGGACUGGAGGAAAGCCAAGCUCCUCCCCCAGAAACCUCACGACAACGCCCAGCUCAUCAGUGGCGUCUACUUCCAGGGUACAACGAUUGGAAUGGCACCUAUAAUGAGCAUGUGCACAGUGGACCAAUCGGGUGGCGUCGUCAUGGACCACUCAGAGAACCCUCUGGGUGCCGCCGUGACCCUGGCCCACGAGCUGGGUCACAACUUUGGGAUGAACCACGACACGCCAGAGCGGGGGUGUGGCUGCAGGAUGACCGUGGACCGGGGAGGCUGCAUCAUGACCCCCUCUACAGGGUAUCCCUUCCCCACGGUGUUCAGCAGCUGCAGUAAGAAGGACCUGGCGGCCAGUCUGGAGAAGGGCGUGGGCAUGUGUCUCUACAACAUGCCCGAGGUCAAGGUGCUCUACGGGGGGCAGAAGUGUGGCAACGGCUACGUGGAGGAGGGGGAGGAGUGCGACUGCGGGGAGCCCGAGGAAUGCAUGAACCCGUGCUGUAACGCUACAAUGUGCACUCUGAAGGGAGACUCGGUGUGCGCGCACGGACAGUGCUGUGAAGACUGCAUGCUGAAGCUAGCGGGCACGCCGUGCCGCGAGGCGGGGAACUCGUGCGACCUGCCCGAGUUCUGCACGGGCACCAGCCCCCACUGCCCGGCCAACGUGUACCUGCACGACGGCCACGCCUGCACCAGCGUGGACGGCUACUGCUACAACGGCAUCUGCCAGACCCACGAGCAGCAGUGCAUCACUCUGUGGGGACCCGGAGCCACCCCUGCCCCGGAGAUCUGCUUUGAGAGGGUGAACUCUGCAGGGGACCCCUACGGGAAUUGUGGGAAAGAUUCCAAGGGCUCCUUCGCCAAAUGUGAGGCGAGGGACGCAAAGUGUGGUAAAAUCCAGUGCCAGGGAGGGGCCAAUCGCCCCGUCAUUGGAACGAAUGCCGUUUCCAUAGAAACCAACAUCCCCCUGCAGGAAGGGGGUCGCAUUCUGUGUCGGGGGACCCACGUGUACCUCGGGGACGACAUGCCGGACCCCGGACUGGUUCUAUCCGGUACCAAGUGUGGCGAGGGAAUGAUGUGCCUGAACCGCCAGUGCCAGAACGUCAGUGAGUUUGGCGUCCAUGAAUGUUCUGGAAAGUGCAGCGGGCGUGGGGUGUGCAACAACAAGAAGAACUGCCACUGUGAGUCCCAUUGGGCGCCCCCUCUCUGCCAGGGCUCAGGCUUCGGGGGCAGCAUCGACAGCGGGCCCAUGAGAUUGGCAGACGUGCGCGUGUGCGUAUUAACGUGUGUGUUGUCAUACGGCGUGUCAGCGGACAGUGUGUCGGUUACCGUGGCGAUCCUGGUGCUCCUGGCCAUCCUGUUAGGCCUCACCCUGGUGGUGUUCCUCAAGAGGAAGUCAGUGCUGCACUUCCUGUUCGCCAAGAAGAACAACAGCAUGUGGAAGCUCAGAUCUAUUGAGGCGAGCAGACCCAACAGUCCCACAAAGACCCAGUCCAUGUUCAGAUUGUCCCCACAGCGCAAGUCCCCAAUCAGGUCCUCUGGAAACCACAACAUAUACAAGCCCUCCCUCCUGAGUUCAGAGCCCCUGCUGCCCCCCCGCAACCCCCAGUCCCAGAGCCUGCGGCGCCUCCCCGUCUACCAGCCGCUGCACAUCAGCCACCCCAUGCCCGCGUCCCUGAGCGUGGGCCGGUCCAGCCAGCCCACCCUGCCUCCCCUCCCAGCCCACCACAGGCUCAGGCCGACCCACCCUGCCUCCCACCCGCCCCUGCAGUUGGCCGCCGGCACCACGCCCUUCCACAGCCUGCCUCGCCAGCCCACCUCCUACAUACUGGACCAGGACCCAGAGAAGCCCCGCCCGCCCCAGAAGCCGCUGCCGGCUGACCCGCUGGGCCGGAGAUGUCGGCCGAGCUUCCACGCCCACGGGGGCGUACCCCUCCCCAUCCCCAUCCCCACCGUGCCCAGACCCCCACCCAGCAUCCCCCUUCCCAGCAUCCCCCUCCCCAACAGGCACUCCCCUCCGUUACCCCGCAUCCCCCCCAAAGCCCACAAGGUCUACCGCAGUGACGCCAUCUCGUUGGAGUAGCGGACCCCUCCGAGGGAGAGACAAAGGCCACGACGACGUGGACAUCACGUUUGAUUUGCACUAUAUCACGAGCCCCGAGAGAACGUUCCGGUGACGGGUUAGGACAGGGCGCGGUUCUCGGGGCGGUCAUGAAAAGGGAAAAGGAGGGCUGCCGUCCCGUCCUGGUGCUACGCCUUUAUAAGGCGCUGACGUAGUCCUCACUCAGGUACACAUGAACUUUAAUUUAUCUGUUUCGUAUUUAUUAGGACUUUGUGCAACCUGACGGAGGCGAAGGACGAUUAGUUUUUGUUUUGUUUUCUCACAAAAGUAAAGCAACAUGAAAAGCGGUGAAGGAUGACUUGUUAUUUUUGGCUUGAUCUUUUUUCACCGGGCGAUUUAAUACUUUAAUAUGACAAUGUGGGUGCACCACAUAGACCACAGAACAGUUUUAUAGAGUAGGGAAAUCUAAUUUAUUCAGUUUUUCAAACGAUAGGGGUUCAUGGCUUGGGUUAUUGCUCCCCGUGCAUCUCUGAAGUCACGUUGACGCAAGUGUUUUACAACGUAGACUAACUCUCGCUCGGAUACCCUUUUAACAUGAACACUUUAACAUCCAUGUAUACACAGCGAGCUGCCAGAAUGUUUUUCCUUUCUCUCCUUUUAAUUGCAGAGGGCCUCAUGACUUCACGCUGGAAGGACAUUAAAGUUUUCUAUCAUGAAAGUUUUCUAUCGCGCCUCGUCAGAAAAACACCCGCAGCGAGGUACAAAGGCUUGCACAUGACCUUAUAAGUACACUGUUGUGAGAGACGGGCAGAAAGAUAGUUACCGUUUAACGUUUUCACUUCUUCAUGACACCCACAUAGUCAGGCUGAAUACAGAUGAACAGACGUCCCAAUCAGAGACAGACACAGACUUCAGAGUUGUGUUUUUCACAGGUUUAACGGUAAAAAACUCCAGCAGACUGGUGCUACUUGGCAUGCUAACGCAGACAUGGAACACGCCAAACAAGAAUGACAUCAGCGCUGCCUUCAGCUUCCCAGAGUGAAAUUAUUAUUUUCUUUCUUUGAUAACACAUCCAAGCACUACAUUUGGAUUUUAUGAUUCAUUGACACAAUUUUCUUUUGAUUUUAUUUCCUCCAAGAGCCGAUAAAAGUUAUUAACACACACACACACAUAAUUAUUUUGUGUUUUAAUAUGUUUUCCAUUGGCGCCAGCUUUUGGAUUACAUGCUUUGUAUGUCAGCUCAGCCAGAUCCAGUGCAUGUUGUGUUGCAUCCACAAGACAUUGAAAACCCUCAGACAUGUUGCUCUGCUCUCAUAGGGCCAUAAUCACAUACUGUAGCCUACUUGAGUCAAUCUCAUGGUUUUUGAUGCAGUACACAGCAUGCCUGCUUACAGAGUAUGUUCUCUUCACUGGAAACUCUGUACAUGUCUGCACUGUGUGUGUAUUUGUUCCUCCUCAAGUUGUAUUGCUGUUUGUAUGUUCCAAAUGAUUGUCGAUUUCCAUCAGGCGUUCAGAAGCCAUUGUAUAGUGUAAAUAUACUUUUUUAACAACUAAUAUAACAUAUUUUCCACUCAAAGGAUUAAAAGGGAAUUUAAAAAAGCUCAAAUUGAAGAAAAUAGGUUUAUGAUGAGGUCAUGAUGAUAAAGUGGAAAUUUGCAGAGAAAUGAAAAUCGGGGCGAAAUAAAAGACACUGAACUCGA